AUGGCAGGCUUUUAUUAUUGGCUAUGGGUCAUCCAGUCCUAUGCCAAGACAUCCUGGUUUUUGGCUCCCAUCUGUGUUGGGCUCGUACUGACUGUAAUCCACUCCGCGGCAUGCCUGAUCAGUGGUGGAGCCAUUCUCACCUUUGUCGGAAUCAACUUUUUUCUCAUCCCGCAUAAUUUUGUCAACACUGAUGAGGUACUCCAAUACUGGGAUCGACGGAGUGACUAUUUCGCCAUUGGUCGCGACCUCGAGCUUCAGACAUGGGUCAUUAUUAUUUCCACUGGUUAUUGCAUGAUUUGGAAGGGACUUGCCUUUGUGCACGGGUUCCUUCGAGACUGGAAGGCCAGCCAUGAAGCACGCCAGGCAGCCGGCGGUAAUCACGGGGUUAAUUUCCAUUCGCUUCGGGAGGCGGUCGAAUCUUUAAUGGUGCAACAUAUCCCGCGCUACCGGACCCUGCAAUACACCAUUGCGAUUCUUCUCUGUGUAGCUGGCUUUGGGUUUCACUUUGGUGCUACCAAGGUCGGCAUUCGCGUGAUCAGAAAUAUCCCUAGGGAGAGAAUUGAUAUGCACCCCAUUGAUAUCUCGACGCCAUCGGAUAUCGGAGCCUCCGACUCAACCCAGACUUACAUGAAACAAUCUCAUAGGCUUCCUGAAGCAUGGCUGAGGGAUAAGCCGGGGGGCGAAGAGAAUUCGGUAUUCAUGCACCAAAGCCCUUUCGGGGACGAGAUGACCGGCCCACCUGCGGCUGUUAUCAUGGCCAGUACCUUGACUGUUUGUGUGCCGUUCGAAUUCGUGGUUGGCACUCUGACCAGUCGCCAAACUGUUAUGGUGGCCAACAUGACCAUAGACGAGGGCGACUUCCGGAUGAGAAGAGUUGCCGAUGGUUGGAAUCGUAUAGAUUCGGGGAUAAAUAUCUUAAUUGGUGAACUGAGGCCUCGGGUUGUCAUUGAGUACCGUGUUGGGGAUCCCGGAACACUUCAAAUUCAGUGGGCCAAACACGGAGAAUGGCUCACCAACGACAGUGCUGAUCCAUCAGAGCCAGUAAUCCAGCGAAUAACGUAUGAUAUGCAUUACGCUGUAGCUGAGGUGAAACGGUAUAUUGACGGACCUCGCAAGAUCAGCCAUCCAUCUGAAGAAUUGCCUUGGAAGUGUUCCCACCAAUACACCAGGAUACCCGACGAUUGGCAUUCCCUCCACCAGGUUCUCAUCAAGAUACGAUCAAGGGAGGACAGCCUUAUUACCAUUGAAGAAACAGAUGCCUCACAUCCGCUUACUAGAGCUCUCAUCGAUUCCUACAUGUCGAGUCCCCGUCGUAGCCUGCUAGCCAGCACCAGUUUACUCGUACGAGCGACCAUGACAGGGUGGAACCCGUCGGGAAAGCAGAUUCGUCUUCUAGAAGAAAACGAGUUCCCAUUUGGUGCCGAGAUUGAGACAAUGGAGGAACAUGCCAGUGACAGUUCGAUACGGUAUCCAUAUUUUGAAGGAUCAAUAUGGGUUGCAGGAUGUAAAAAAUCAGCUGCCGUUGUCCAUCUUACGGUAGGAAUUCUUGCGCUUCUAGUGGCUGGGGUGCGAAUCAUUUGUACAAAAUAA